AUGCACACUGCUUCUACAAACAUUCGUGAAAGACUGUGCAAUAAGUCCAUCCGUGAAAUUUCCUUGCUACUAAAUAUUCCACGGUCAAAUGUUAGUGGUAUUAUAACAAAGUGGAAGCAACUGGGAACAACAGCAACUCAGCCACUGAAGUGACAGGCCACAUAAAAUGACAGAGCGGGGUCAGCGCAUGCUGAAGCGCACAGUGUGCAGAAGUCACCAACUGUCUGCAGAGUGAAUAGCUAAAGACCUCCAAACUUCAUGUGGCCUUCAGAUUAGCACAACAGUGCAUAGAGAGCUUCAUGGAAUGGGUUCCAUGGCUGAGAAGCUGCAUCCGAGCUUUACAUCACCAAGUGCAAUGCAAAGCAUCUAGAGCAGUGGAG